AGUCGCGGGCCGCGGAGGCGCGGGGAGGAGAGCAGCGCGCGGCGGCGGCCCAGGAAGCGGAGAGCGCCGCCCCCCAUCGGGGCGAGAGAGGCGCGGCGGCCAGACCAGGCUGGGCCGGGGGGCUGCCCGGGCCCUCGACCCCCCGUCUCCCGUGACCCCGGAGCCCCCAGCCCGCCCCCAAGAUGAUGAAGAGGCAGCUGCAUCGCAUGCGGCAGCUGGCCCAGACGGGCAGUUUGGGACGCACCCCGGAGACUGCUGAGUUCCUGGGUGAGGACCUGCUGCAGGUGGAGCAGCGGCUGGAGCCAGCCAAGCGCGCGGCCCACAACGUCCACAAACGGCUGCAGGCCUGUCUGCAGGGCCAGAGCGGGGCCGACAUGGACAAGCGGGUGAAGAAGCUUCCCCUCAUGGCUCUGUCCUCCACGAUGGCCGAGAGCUUCAAGGAGCUGGACCCCGAUUCCAGCAUGGGGAAGGCCUUGGAGAUGAGCUGUGCCAUACAGAACCAGCUGGCCUGUACUCUGGCUGAAUUUGAGAUGACCCUGGAGAGGGAUGUCCUGCAGCCGCUCAGCAGGCUGAGUGAGGAGGAGCUGCCGGUCAUCCUCAAGCACAAGAAAAGCUUGCAGAAGCUGGUGUCCGACUGGAACACCCUCAAGAGCAGGCUCAGCCAGGCAGCCAAGAACUCAGGCAGCGGUCAAGGCCUGGGUGGCGGGCCCGGGAGUUACAGCCACGCUGCCACCGCCAACAAGGUGGAAACGCUGAAGGAGGAGGAGGAGGAGCUGAAGAGGAAGGUGGAGCAGUGCAAGGAUGAGUACUUGGCUGACCUGUACCACUUUGCCACCAAGGAGGACACAUAUGCCAACUACUUCAUCCACCUCCUGGAGAUUCAGGCCGAUUAUCAUCGCAAAUCCCUGAGCUCCCUGGACACAGCCCUGGCUGAGCUGCGGGAGAACCAUGGCCGAGCAGAUCCCUCCCCUUCGAUGGCGGCUGCCCCCUUCUCCAGGGUGUAUGGGGUGUCACUGGGAAGCCACCUGCAGGGGCUGGGCCGGGCCAUUGCCCUGCCCAUUGAGGCCUGCGUCAUGAUGCUGCUUGCCGAGGGCAUGAAGGAAGAGGGCCUCUUCCGCCUGGCCGCCGGCGCCUCGGUGCUGAAACGCCUCAAGCAGACGAUGGCCUCGGACCCCCGCAGCCUGGAGGAGUUCUGCUCUGACCCCCACGCUGUGGCAGGUGCCCUCAAGUCUUAUCUGCGGGAGCUGCCUGAGCCCCUCAUGAUUGACCUCUAUGAUGAUUGGAUGAGGGCAGCUAGCCUGAAGGAACCAGGGGCCCGGCUGGAGGCCCUCCGAGAGGUGUGCGGCCGCCUGCCCCCCGAGAACCUCAGCAACCUCAGGUACUUGAUGAAGUUCCUGGCCCGGCUGGCCGAGGAGCAGGAGGUGAACAAGAUGACACCCAGUAACAUUGCCAUCGUCCUGGGGCCCAACCUCCUGUGGCCACCUGAGAAAGAAGGGGACCAAGCCCAGCUAGAUGCAGCCUCAGUGUCUUCCAUCCAGGUGGUGGGUGUGGUCGAGGCUCUGAUACAGAACACAGACACCCUCUUCCCUGAAGAUAUCAACUUCAACGUGUCAGGCCUGUUCUCAGCCCUCGUCCCCCAGGACAAGGUCAGUGACAGGCCAGCCUCUGAGGAACUGCCCACUGUUGCCAUGCCCACUCCAGCUGCCACUCUGGCUCUGGCCCCAGCCCCGGCCCCAGCCUCAGUAGCGACCAAGGAAAGGACAGAGUCUGAGGCACCCCCCAGACCAGCCUCCCCCAAGAUCAACCGGAACCCCUCAGAGACAGCCGCCCCGACGGAGGACAUAGCUCGGAGGAGCACGGGGAGCCUGGCCGCUGCGGUGGAGAUUGCCUCGGGACGCCAGGCCCUGGUGGCGGGCAAGCCCAGCCCCUACAUGUUUGAGUGCAUCACGGAGCACUUCAGCGUGGACCCCACCCGCAUGCUCAUGGUGGGCGACCGCCUGGAGACCGACAUCCUCUUCGGCCACCGCUGCAGCAUGACCACCGUGCUCACGCUCACGGGCGUCUCCCGCCUAGAGGAGGCCCAGGCAUACCUGGCAGCCGGCCAGCACGACCUCGUGCCCCAUUACUACGUGGAGAGCAUCGCAGACUUGAUGGAGGGGUUGGAGGACUGAGCCCGCCUGCCCCGCAACUGCAGCCCCACCCUGCACUCCGUCCCUGAUCCCCGGGGGUGGAGGUUAUGGGUUGUGAGCUGCAUUAAGCACCACUGGCUCCCUGGCCCCAGUUUCUGCACCCUGGGAGGGUGGGGGCUGGAAGCCAGGAAAGAUUAUCAGGCCCUCUCACCCCUUCCCAGCAGUGGCUGGACACUCUGCUAUCCCAGAACCCGUUCCCUGGCCUGUUUACCCUGGCCUGACCUACCCAGGUGGCCUUAUUUGCCACCCUGUCACCUCCCAUCCUUGAAAUCUGGGCCUUGGAGCCAACCGAAGAGUUCCCUCCAACCUGAGCCCUUAAUCCCCUGCCCCCUCACAGGUAGAGCUUUACCUGCCCCUCAGGUCCUGACCCUUGGGUUCCUGUUGACCAAUCAGAGGUCUAGGUUACCCAUUGUCCUGAGCUGAGUGGGCCAAUCAGAAGGCUAAGUGAUAAUGACUCAUCGAUGUUGGGUCCUGGAUGGGCCAGUUGGUGACCUGAGUAACAAUCAGGUCACCAAGUAAAGAUGACCCAUUGGUCUCCCAGAUCCUGAAUAGACUGACUUGGAAGCCUGGGAGCCAGUGGCCUCUUGACAAUCGGUCUGGACAGACCAGCCAGGGGACCAGAUUCCAGUAGCUUGAUAAGGGUUCAAGUUCUGAAGAUACCAUCUUCCACGCAGACUGGGAUCCGGUGGCCUCGAGCCUCGCCCGUCCUGAUCAUGGACUGGCCAGCAUUGCUGCUGGUCACAGUUUGGGGGGUGGGGGCUUUUAUGCCCCUCCCUGUGCUGUCAGUGUUCCCCGUGUCACUUCUCCCCCAUGCGCAUCCCCAGUUAUUUAUUUAUUGUGUGCCCAUGGCGGUGGGGGCAGGGGCUGGGUCUUCCCCACCACCUCUACCUCGCUCUACCCCACCCUCCUGGACUUAAUAAAGUAACAGUGGGACUGUC